GUGAAGUUCCAUCGAGUGCGAAACAGUCAAGUACCCAUCUCCUCGCUUGCCUUCGAUCCGUUGUUACUUUCGUUGACUGUGGCCAUCGUAGUUUGUCAUAAUGAGUGUUUCAAAACAUGAGCACAUUGCUGUCAUCGGUGGAGGAGCGUUUGGGUUGUCGGCUGCUUUUGAGCUGUCGCAACAGGGCUACACAGCUGUUACAGUCUUCGAGAAGGAUUCAGAUAUUCCCUCGAGAUGGUCGGCGGCAAACGAUCUGAACAAAAUUAUGCGUGCUGAGUACGAGGACCCUUGGUACACAGAACUUGGCGUUGAAGCUGCGAAGAAAUGGCAGACCCCUCUCUAUAUGCCCUACUUCCACCGAGUCGGUUACCUGAAUUGCGUGUCUGGCGCCGGCACACAAAAGGCCAUCAACUCAAUGAACUCCUUCAAAGCGGCGGGUGAGGCACACCCCGAAAUCAAACCCUGGGUUUCGACUGUGUCCACGCGCCAGGAACUUCAGGACAUCUGCUGGCAAUUCAAUCAGGGUGAGAUGCCCGGGUGGAAGGGCUACUUCAACCGCUACGACGGCUACGUUCACUCUGCGAAUGCUCUCCGUGGAAUCUACCGCGCUGCAAGGUCGAAUGGUGUCCGUUUCUUCCUCGGCGAAAGAAGAGGUUCUAUCCAUGAAAUCGUCUACGAGGGAACCGGGUCGAGCAGGAAGAGCGUUGGCGUCAGGACAAAAGACGGCCAAUUCCACACUGCUUCAUUAGUCAUUGUCGCCACCGGUGCUGCUGUAUCGAAGAUCGUGCCUGAGGCUGGCGCGCAAGUUUCUGCGAAGUCAUGGUCUGUUGCUCACGUCCGCCUUACAGACGAGGAGACCGCAGCGCUUCGCGGCAUCCCCGUGACAUAUGCUCGCGAUCUUGGUUUCUUCUUCGAGCCAGAUCCAAAGACUAAUCUCCUUAAGCUCUGCCCCAUGGGUGGUGGCUUCAUCAAUACCAACCCCAAGACCGGUGUGUCUGAGGCGCCUGAGGAUAUUCAGCGCUUCGUGCCUCCCGAAGAUGAGCGCAAGAUGCGCGAACUGCUCCAACAAACACUCCCCUACCUCGCCGACCGUCCUCUUGUCGAGAAGACCUUAUGUUGGUUCGCUGACACCAGCGAUUCGGACUUCGUCAUCGACUACCUGCCUGAGACCGGUAGCAGCGUCAUUGUUCUGUCUGGUGACUCUGGUCACGGUUUUAAGAUGUUUCCCAUCGUUGGUUCGUGGGUAAAUGACCUUCUCAACGCUCCUGAGGGCAAGCAGACCGAGAAGAGGUGGCAGUGGAAGACGAACAAGCCCAAUGAGGGUGUCGCUAGCCAGGACGAUGUCAGCUGGCGUGUCGGUGAUGUCCAAGAGCUGAAGGACAUCACACCAUCUGUCGCCAAAUUGUAGAUUGUUUAGCUUAGAAAGCAUAUACAAUUGUGUAAUGGAUGUUUUUACUUCUCGG